AGAAGAAUUUCUACGGUUGUACUCAUGACAAUACUUAUACCACUGAUGGCUAUAUCAUUCAUUUUCUAUCUGGUUUUGAGGCAUUUGACCUUUUUUCGGCGUAGAAUGAAGAGCACUCAAUCAGAGAUGAUAGAAAAAAAUGGAGAUUUCUUGUCAAUAUGGAAUUAUGAUGGGAGAAUUGCAUAUGAAGACAUAAUCAAUGCAACAGAAGACUUUGACAUCAAAUAUUGCAUUGGAACCGGUGGAUACGGUAGUGUCUAUAGAACGCAAUUGCCUAAUGGGAAAAUCGUGGCAUUGAAGAAACUUCACCAUCAUGAAGCGGAGGACCAAUCUUUCGACAAGAGCUUCCGAAAUGAAGUGAAGCACUUGACUGAAGUACGGCAUAGAAGCAUAAUUAAGCUCCAUGGUUUUUGCUUACACAAGCAAUGCAUGUUCUUGGUUUAUGAGUACAUGGAAAGGGGGAGUCUAUUUUGUGCUUUGAGAGAUGACGUUGAAGUGAUGGAACUAGAUUGGUCUAAAAGACUCGUCAUUGUAUGGGAUAUGGCACAUGCCUUGUCUUACCUACACCAUGAUUGCGCUCGACCAAUCGUUCAUCGAGACAUAUCUAGCAACAACAUUUUGCUAGACAACAAUAUGCAGGCUUUUUUAUCAGAUUUCGGCACAGCAAGACUCCUAGAACCUAAUUUCUCAUCUAAUCUCACUGCAAAUAUUGCAGGCACCCGUGGAUAUAUAGCACCAGGUAAGCAACAAUCGUCCAUAUUUUUGUGGAACGUUAUUACUAGACGCACUUAGCUAGAUCAAUAUACUAAACACCCCCAUGUGGUAAUAACAUGUUGUCGCUUCAGCAUACUUACAUAUUUAUCAUUUGAUAAUGCACUAACUAAGAUUGUGAACUUUGUUUCGAGCCUCAUCUAAUCUAUGGCCUUUUGUUUUUUUUUAAGAGCUUGCUUACACUUUGGUCUUCAAUGAGAAAUGUGACGUAUAUAGCUUCGGGGUGGUAGCAAUGGAAAUAAUAAUGGGUGAGCAUCCAAGUGAGAUCAUCUUAAUGUUGUCCACUCUCUUCAGAGAAGAUAUUAUGCUACAUCAAAUAUUGGAUCCGCGCUUGCCAAUCCCAAGAGAGAAUUCUAUCGCAAGAAGUAUCGUUUUGGUAGUUUCUCCAGCGCUUGCUUGCUUAAAUAGCAAUCCAAAGUUGCGACCCACGAUGAAACAAGUUUCGGAAGCUUUUAUGGCUCCAAAACUAGCGUUGGCCAAGCCCUUCUAUUCAAUCUCACUUGCGCAGCUCCAAGGAAACAAUCGAGAAGUAUGGUGGGAAGGUGGAUCAAAAGAAAAUUCUUCAAGCCCACAAGAAGAUCAAGGAUCAUGAAGUACUUUUCCCAAAACAAGCAAAUAAGUUUCACCAAGUGAAGAGUCGGUUGAUGAAAUGAUGCUGCAAAUUGGCGAACAUGGUUGAGGUCAGGAAGUAUGCGGCCCUUGCAAUUUUAAGUCAUGCUAAAAAAUUUCAUACUAGCUAGGCUAAAAUCUUCCUAGGUAACAAUUACUAGGUAGUGAGAAAAGCAUUUAUCAGACAGUUGUUUAUUUUUCCGUCUUUUUAGUAAGAUCGAAUUGUGUGAUGAGUGAUAAUGCGUUGUUGUCACCAUGAAU